AAAAAUACACAUUUUAAUAUUUAUCGUGUGGUGACUGUUGGAAAGUAAUCAUUUCAAAAUUCAUUGUGUGGAACAGUUGAAAAGUAUUCAUUUUAGUAUUUAUUGUGUGAAACAAUUGGAAAUAUGGGAUUUCAAAAUCUAUUGUGUGAAACUUGAAAAUUUAUCAUUUCGUGAUUUACUGAGUGGACCUGUUAAAAAGAAAUACAAAUUUGAAACGUAGUCUCUAUUACGUGAUUUUUGUUCAAACGUACAGAAACAUUAUUUUCGCGACAAUUUAUGAAUAUGAAGCAACACUUUUAUUCUUUAGUAAAUCGAGGUUAUUUACACGUGAUUUACAUUUUUCAUCAAUGACAAACUUUCUGUAAAGUUUGAAAAGUGUCAUUAUGACUCAACAAAUGAUGAUAAGUUCAGUUUUACUGCAUUUUAAUGUAAUUUUGCGAUCUCAAAACGUUCUUUGAGAUCUGAAAGCUGAAAACAAGUUGCUUCGUAAUCCGCUGUGUCUAAAAUCGACUUUUAUGCAGUAUAAAAUUUAAUAAUCCUAGACGAUGGUUAACAUAAAUCCUGAAUUCGAACUUUUAAUAAGAGACAAAAUGAAAAGAUCACGGACAAUGAUACAGUAGACGGAGGGUCUGCUGUCUGGGCACUCUCCCAUCUCGAUCGACAUUUCGGUCACGCAUGAUCUCUGAUCGAGAUAAUCGAACGAUCGUGGAGACAACCAGCGAGGAUGGCAACCAGUAGGCCGCCUAUAUUAGCGAAGUACACUCGGUUCGCUCUCACUGAGGAUGGAGAAUCAUCUGCGAGAAUUAACGGGUUGAGCAGAGUAAAGCACGGAAGCCAGUACGGCGACAGACUCGGCGAGGUCGAGGAUGGGAACAUCGGCGCAGAAGAAGAUCUUGCUGGACGAGAAAUAUUCCGAAGAGCGAGCGACUUCUACUCGUACGACCCUGAGGAGCACGAGGUGCAAGAACAGCUCGGCUUCUCGGACCCCUCCAACCCCCCACAGCCAGGAUGCAAUAUAACGUACAUACAGUGGAGAACACGAAGGUUCGUGGAACACUUCAUUUUUCGUUUACUGACGGCGGUACUGAUUAUAGUGGAUAUGGUCAUAUUGAUCAUAGACUUGACCAAAGGGAACAUAAACCCAACGGAUCCUCUUGAACUUACCGCACUCGCCCUCAGCACAUACUUCAUGGCAGAGAUCGUCCUUAGAAUAUUUGGACUUGGGUUCAAGCUGUUCUUCCGCGUGUGGUACAACAGUUUGGACUGCGCGCUGGUCGUCAUCACCUUCAUGCUCUCCAUCAUCGCUGUCAGCGUCGAGUCCAUGCAGAGCAACCCGGUCUCGCUGAUCGUGGUGCUGAGACUUGUGCGUCUGGUGAGAAUAUCUCGCAUCGUGUGGCAGCAGAAACAUCUCACGAAAGGAGCCCGGCAGUUCAUAUCUCAAAACAAACGUCGCUAUCAACGGGAAGGAUUCGACUUGGACCUUUCUUACGUCACCCCAACAGUCAUUGCCAUGUCAUUCCCUUCUUCCGGCAAAAUGUCCAUGUACAGGAACGAUAUCAGGGACGUAAGUCGCUUCCUAGACUACAAGCAUGCCGGCCACUACCGCGUGUAUAACCUCUGCUCGGAGCGACAUUACGACGAGCACUUCUUCCAUGGUGCGGUGCAGCGCUACCCUAUCAACGACCAUAAUGUACCGGCAAUCGAGGUCAUGUUGGAAUUCAGUGAGAACGUGCGCAAGUUUCAGGCAGAGGACGAACGCAACGUGAUCGCGGUGCACUGUAAGGGCGGCAAGGGCCGCACGGGCACCAUGAUCUGCGUGUGCCUCAUCGACUCGGGCGCCUUCAAAAACGCAGACCAAUGCCUCAGUUACUUCGGCGAUAGGAGGACCGACAAGAAUGCGGGCAGUAAAUUCCAAGGAGUUGAAACUCCAAGUCAGAGUCGCUAUGUGGGGUACUACGAACGCGUGGUGCGCAACGGUCGCCAGAUCCCUCCCAGUGUCGUGCUGGUGCUCAAGCGUUUCGUCAUGCACGGCAUGAAGGGCGUGGGACUGGGCACGGGGGAGGAGUUCACCAUAACCGUGGGUAGCCGCACCAGCGCCCUGCCCUACAGGUGCUCCCUCACCUCCAUUCAGCACUGCAAGAGACGCGUGAGCAAAGGGGAGGUAUACGUCGACUUGCUGCCGGGACCCCAAGUUUCAGGCGACACCAAAGUCGUGUUUUAUUCAUCAAGUAGGCACGUGCCCAAAGGCUAUGACAAUUGUCCGUUCUUUUUCUGGUUCCAUUCCGGCUUCAUCGAAAAUAACAAAUUGACGCUAACGAGAGGAGAGUUAGACAAUCCCCACAAAAGCAAAACAUGGAAUGUUUUUAAGGCCAAUUUUGGAAUCACUUUGUACUUCGAACCUCUGCAAGCAGAAGAUCCUUAAAUAGGUGAAGCAUUUCUUGGUAAAGCAUCAACGAUAUAUAUACUUAUAUAUACAUAAAUAUUUAAUAUAAUUUUUGUAUUUGUUAAACGGCGUGUAGUAUAUUUACGAAUUGUUAAUUUUUUAUAUCGUGUUGACAAUUUACAAUGCCAUUUUUAUGAGUUAUAUUUGAAUAGAACCUUAACGUAUAUAAUACGAUAGUCGUGCCCGACCGCGCUGUUAAAUGUAAUCUAUUUCGACGAAUACAAUGAAAUUGUGCAUUACUUCUUCACAGUGAGUGUUACCGUGUUUAGAUAAUUUUAAAGUUAUAAAUUUUUGUCUCACAGCAGUGGUUCCCAAAAUUUUUUGGCCCUUUACAACUUUAAAUUAGUAGGAAUUUUAUGCCCCAACUGUCCUUCUAUAUCGACAUUAGUAAUACUUUAUAAAUUAAAUUUCAAGUUGAAUGAACCGAUAAUCUAAAAUAGUUCAGAAUCAAUAAAAUCAAAUAAAACCAAGUUUAUUGUAUGAUAAAUGUGCUUUCACGUCCUCAUAAUUUUGAUAUGGAACAAUUGUAAACUACAUAAGACUAAUGAUGGAAUGACAUUUUCAUGGUUUUCUGCUGCGUGAUUUCUGUUGUACAAAUUGUGACCUGCAUUAAUGGCUGUAUUAAAUUUGUGUUGCACAACGCAAC